CGCGCACUAGUAACGUAUUGGUGUAUUUUUUACCUUAUUCGCCGGUUCCGACGGACCCAGUAUUGAUCGGGCCUCUGCCGCGAAUCGGCGUCUUUAAAAUGAGAUACGAAAUUUUCCAUCUACCAUUGUUUGAUGCGAAUAACUAAUGCAAAAAACGUUGCAUUAUCGGUAUUAUAAUGAUUAUGUGAAUUAUGGAAAAGUUUUGUUACUGGAGCCGUGUUUAAUAUGUCGAAGAUCCCAAUCGAUAGACAUGGCAAAUCAAGAUCUUUAAGUCUGAGAGGCAUUUAUUUAAAUGAACCGUCUACGCUGAAAAGCUUGCAUUUAUCUGAUGUUAGCAAAGAUAUUCCAGAUAAAAGAUUCAAUUCAGAUGCCAAAGGGAAUUGUGAUGUAAAAGAGAAACUAUGUUUUAGGCCUUUCACGUCUUUAAUACCUAAAAUGAGUUAUAGUGCUGAGAAAAUAAACGUAAGAAAUCCGCGUAUAUUAGACCUUAGGGAGAAAUUGAAUGAAAUUACAAAGAAACAAGAUCGAAACGUUGAUAAGAUGACUAAAGGAUUCAUAAACGAACAGCUUAUAGAGGAGAAAGACUUGGACGAAUCUGGACCUUACAGUCUUUUGUUCGAUCUUCAUACAAAUCCCUCAACUUCAGCAAAGCAAAUAUCAUCAAGUGAUUCAUGGUGUUCGAAGGGAAAUGAAGAUCUCUUAGAAUCUAAGUCGCAGAGCUUGAGCGGACUUACAAGUUUAACUAACAAAAGUAUGGAUCGAUUGCCAAACGUCCUCAAUUUCGAUAAUAAACCUUUAAAGGAAUUCGAAUACUCCUGCGAAAAUGAUUUUAACAAUCCAGUCAAAAAACCAUUCAGUACACAAUCGAGGUCUGAUCUCUGUUUACAACUGAAAUCUCAUAUUAACUCUCGAACGUACGAAACGAAUUUAAGUCCGAACGACAACUCAAUCAGCAGAAACAACGAAGAGAAUUCUUUAGAUGACAGCUUGGGAAUUCUAACGCCGGAUCAGAUGGAUGACAUAUGUUACUUGGAAAACGCAUUUUCUCCGACCGUAGAAGGUUUGCCAAACUUUUGUGAUAACAGUGAUUAUAAAACAUCCCCGGAUAAUGGAGACACACCAUCGACUGAUAAAACCGAAAGCAAUUCAGCCGCGUCAACAAUACAGAACGAUGGCUUUGAAAGUAUGAAUAAGUUUACGAAACAUAGAGAAUCGUUGGCACCUAUAGCCACGUUGGAUGCUAUCGAUCCCCUCAAUGGCGAGGAGAAUGAUUUUAAACCAAUCUGUCUUUCCAUCAAAGAGACAUCCGAAAAAGAAAAUUUUUCGAUUGAAAAUGAAAGCGAAAUAAUAAAAAAAGAUACCGUUGCCAGCUUCAUCGACGAAGAGUUUUUACCAUCUAUACACGGUAGUAUAUUAGAGCCUGCUAGUUCUAUUGCAGAUACAACGGUCAAUUUAGAAAUACCUCUAGACUGCAAGCAUGGAACAUCGAUGUUAACUAACAGAAUAGAACAAACCCCUUCGCCUGAAGAUUUACCUCUGGAUAGUUCAGAUAUCAAUGGUGAAAUAAGUACAUACUCACAGUUUUCCGCAUCGACAUUACAUGACUCACAAACAUACUCUGACAGCAAGAACGAUAAGUCGAUGGAAACUUCUAAAGUAUCUAAUAGUUUUAUAACCAGCAUAACAAGUAUUACGAGUCUUGACGGCUAUCAGGGCGACGGCGAAAUGUCGAGACCGGUGAGUAGAAGUGCUGAGCAUAAUGCAUCGAUAAGGGAAGACGCUAUUGAAAUGGACUGGCAAAAUGUUCCCGUAACAAGGCGGGUUGAUCCCAUGACUGAUUCAGAUUUUUUCACUGAAAGCGAUGCUGAUGGUUUAGACGAGCACAUCCAACGAGGUGAUAGGAGGGCACAAGUCAUCGAUGGCGCACUUUAUGGCGGCAAAAAUGGUAAUGGAAAUGCUCCCUUAAUAGUCAACAGAAGUGAAGAUUCGUGCAUGGAGUCCAGCGGCGUUUAUACGGAUUUUGAGAACCAUCGUGCUUCUCCUGUGUUUCUAAACGUCAUCAACGACAUGUCUCCCGUUUCCACAACAUCAACACACUCUGAAUGCAGCCAAAAGAGCGUGGGUCACGGUAAAGUCAUAAAGUGUUUCAGUCCUGUGGAGGAUACUGUAGAGGAACAGAAUUCUGACGCUUCACAUAUCAUAGAUGAAGAUGAGACUCCAAAGAAUACGAGCAAAAGGAACUCUCUCAACAGUGUCAAAGAUGUCCGAUGUAACGACAAAAAAGAGGAGAAAAGGAGUUUCACGUUAAAGAAGUACAAAAUGCCUAAACGUGAUGUGCCUAGUAAGCUAAAAACAAUGCUAGCGAGCAGAAAAACCGACGCUGACAACAGCAUACAGAGCAGUCCGAAGACAGCGAAAAAAGCCGACAGGAGAGAAAACUUUCUGAAAAAGAACAUGGAUAUAAAAAUUGAUUAUAAGACAAAAUCUUUCAAGGAUAUUAAAUCCAAAGUGGACUGUUCCUUCACUCUACAACGAUCACAGACAUCUUGCAGCGUCACGAGGUUGUUGAGCUCAAAAUCUACGAACAGCAGUAAUAAACCUAAAAGUCGUCACAUGCGUAUGCGUAUGGACAUCGGAUCAGCUAAUGGCAGCGGGAAGAGCAGCCUUCACAGUUCUCAAAGCGACAUAAGCGCCUCCAGCACUCCGCUGGGAAAACAUUCCACCAGCCGAUUUCCUUUACUUCGAAAUGGGAAAAAGCGUGAUAGCGUCCCCACUCCUACAACCCCUAGUCGACCCCAGACGGCGCCGCAACCCCCGACAGCGGCAAAGAAAAAUGGCGUCGUGCAAAAAUUAUCGUCGUCGCCGGUGUCGGUGCGGGCGCGGACUUCGCUCGCCCCCCCGCCCUCCCCGCGCAAACCCGUCGCCCACCGCCCGGCGCAGAGACCCAGCACUCUCGCAACCACCAAAGAGCCGCCGCGAGUGACGGCUGCGGUUGGGCCACGAGGCAAGCGAGUGCAGACACCGCAGCCCGUACGCUCGCCGCCCGCACCGCUACCCGCCCCGUUACCCGCUCCGCUUACCGCUGCGAUACCACCUCAACCGCGGGAACAAUCCGCCGCAUUAGCACACGCUGCUAAAGGCGUUGAAGCGUUGGGUGUACUUGUGCAAUAUUUGGUUUUUAGGUUGGAUGCUCUGAAUGGUGGGUCAUGGCAGCAGGAGGCGGAGCGGUGGCGGUCGAUGGCUGCAGCAGAGCGCAGCGCCGCGGCCAGGGCCGACAGAGACAGACAGCAGCGAGCACAGAAGGACCUAGACACCAUCGCAGAAUGCUUGACCAAGAUCUCAGAGCUGGAGAUGGAAGUGUCGUCAAAGGAAGAAGCUAACUCGCGACUCCAGGCCGCUCACUUUGAAGAGGUGUCGGCUCUGGCGAAAGAUGUUAAGGGGUUAAAGGAUACAAUAGAUACGCUUAAACAAGAAGUAGCUGAGAGCAGAUCUCGGCUGCAUUCACACAGUGAGAUCGAGCGAACUCUCCGUGCACAAUUGGAAGCGGCGCGGUCUGAGGUGGAACGUGCUAAAUCACGUGCCUCGGACAAGUCGGCCAACAGGUCGAACGACUCGUCGCGCGACAAGUCCACCAACAAGUCGUACAACACGUGCGACGCGGCCUGCGACCCGGUGUACAGCGAGGUCGAGGAGUACGACAUGGGACUGAGAUCCAAAGAGGAACUUAGCUCGGAUGCCACUGAACUGGCAGCUGAGGUGCUAUCAUUGCGGGCGGUGAUAGAAUUAAAGAACGCUGAGUUAUCGUCCCUACGUGACGCGAGAUCCGAGCUGCCGGCGGAGAGGCAGCGGAGGAUUGCGGCCGAGAGGGAGGCAUGUUCAGCGAGACACGCGGCGGAGGAGCUCAGGGAGAGAGCGGCCGCGAGACAGAGGGAGGCCGACAGGCUGAGAGACGAGAACAGGAGGCUGGGAGAGAUAGCCGCCAGGGACAGGGACCGCGCCAACAGACUCGCCGCGCUCAACGAGGAACUCAGAUACAAACUGAGGCAGAAGUCGCAGGUGGUAUCGCUGUUAGCCGGUGGCGGCUACAUUGAGCGUACUCCGAUGCGCACGCGCACUUCCUCAGGUGACUCCGGGCGGUCUGCGUCCCCCGGGCCGGAGACUCCGCCCUCCCCCGCAUCCUCCCCCGCCCCGGACUCGCCCCCGCUCCCCGCAGUCAAGGGGGUCGUAGAGAAACACGACUCGGUCAGCUGGGUGCUGGAAAUAGAAGAGACUCCAGAGGAAAUGGCCUCAAGACUAGCUCGGAGAUCGUCGUUCCGCGCGGGGGCUUCCCCCAGCGGUGUGAAGCGCCGCGGCGGUGGGUCCCCCGGCAGCUCCCCCGCGCCCGCCUCCCCCGCCCCCAACGCCUCCAAACUCUUCAGACCCGGCGAUCUGGACUUCCCCCCACAACCACCCCCACUCAAAGAAUCCGCCGGUGAGGCCAUCUAUAUAUACGACGAUCGCCAGUACUGAUUCAAAACUUUACCCCGAAAUGGGGAAAUUUUUACCCCAAUGUAUCAAUCUUGCCGGAAUUACGAUAAUUCAUGCGGUACGGGACCGUUACGGACUUGAUCGUGUCGUAUGAGACACGCUGUAUGAGACACACGCAUUUCGUUUAUCGAUAUAUACUAUGACCAUAUAUAUGUAACUGGAUAUUAUUUUUUACCGAUUAUUUAUGAGCUUAUAAUAAUUUUACGUAGUUUUAGUGUACACGUGUUCGCUCUUCCUGAACGGAAUCAGCUUGUGGUGAUAUCGAUAUGUUUUAGUUCGCCAAUAUAAUAUUACAUGUACUAGAUAUUUUAUAGUUAUAAAUUAUUGAUAUAUAUUACAUACUGUUCGAUCCGCGUGGUGAGCUCACCACGAGUUUAUCGUCGGCCUGCAUAGAUGGCGUUACUAGUUUUUCAUGCAGAAAACUUCGUCGAUACUAUCGUGUGAGCAGUUUGACAGCACACUGGUGGUGAGCUCACUGCUCACGACUUACUUCGGUAUGAGUGAGGAGGCGUGGAACCGGAUGAGGUUUUAUUCUAUACUCGUACUAUAAGAACUGCUUUCAAAAUCUGGCCUCAAAUUAUAUAUUACUGUCGGCUGCAUUUUGAUGGAACCCAUCGUACCUGUUCGUUGUAUCAGUAACGUCUAAACUUUAAAUCUGUCACAUAACGAAACUCAUUUAUUUCCCUUUCGCCGUCUCUUAUUGUCUCUAUCUUCUCUUAUCUCUUCUCAUCUCAUUCACUCGGUUACUGAUGCAACGUUUUGUUUCAACCUACGUACUAAGUGAAUUGAUUAAUCGCAAUAAUAUGCCUUCAUUUAUUUUAGAUAUAUUAAGUUAUAUGAAUGUAUUCGUAUUGUUUCGUGUUUAUUACAUUUAUAACUUAAUUAUAGUUUACGGUUGUUGGAAUUGUUUUUUUCUUUUUUUUUUUAAUUAUCUUUAUGUACAAAUAACAUUGAAAAAAUAAUAAUUAUCGUAGUUAAUAAGUGAAGCCAGUCGUUUUGAUACCGGACCGUCUUGUUGCUUUAGAAGCGUUCAUCUGUGUAUCGCUGUGUUAAGUAAUUUAGUUUAACUACAAAAUAUAUUAAAGGAUUUAAAACCAAAGAGUCUCAUUGUACUAAACUCUUUGUCUCUUAGUUCACCUGAUGUAGCAUGUGUAUUAUGUCAGGCGGUCAUUAUUAUUUUUUAUUUAUUUUUUAAGCUAACAAUAUAAAUAAUACCAUUCCAAAAUUAAGAAUUGUAAGCUAAAUAAAUAAAUGAUUAGGAGAUUAUAUAUUAAUGCAGAAAUUUAAAAAGUACGUCGGAAUAGUU